CCAUCCCCCGGCUGCGCCGCUGCUCCGGCUGCUGCUUACCGCGCCGGACGCCGGGGCUGCGGGACAGGGCAGCACUGCGCGACCACGGUGACUCCGGCGCUGAGGGACACCGCAGCAUGAGGCAGAGAUUAACGUGCCAGUGUCAGGUGGACCCACAGCCAUCCCACCGCCCCCUCUGGGAGUGCUGAGAGUGAGGCAGCAUGGAGGAGAGGAAGCAUGAGACCAUGAACCCAGCUCAUGUCCUCUUUGACCGGUUUGUCCAGGCCACCACCUGCAAGGGAACCCUCAAGGCCUUCCAGGAGCUCUGUGACCACCUGGAACUGAAACCAAAGGACUACCGCUCCUUCUAUCACAAGCUCAAGUCCAAGCUUAACUACUGGAAAGCCAAAGCCCUCUGGGCAAAGUUGGACAAACGGGGCAGUCACAAAGACUACAAAAAGGGAAAAGCAUGCACCAACACCAAGUGUCUCAUCAUUGGGGCUGGCCCCUGUGGUCUCCGUACAGCCAUCGACUUAUCCUUACUGGGGGCCAAGGUGGUUGUUAUUGAGAAACGAGAUGCCUUCUCCCGCAACAACGUCUUGCAUCUCUGGCCAUUCACCAUACAUGAUCUACGAGGUCUGGGUGCCAAGAAGUUCUAUGGCAAGUUCUGUGCCGGAGCCAUCGACCAUAUCAGUAUCCGUCAGCUCCAACUAAUACUUUUGAAAGUAGCCUUGAUCCUAGGCAUUGAAAUCCAUGUCAAUGUGGAAUUCCAAGGACUUAUACAACCUCCUGAGGACCAAGAGAAUGAACGGAUAGGCUGGCGGGCACUGGUGCACCCCAAGACUCAUCCUGUGUCAGAGUAUGAAUUUGAAGUGAUCAUCGGUGGGGAUGGUCGGAGGAACACCUUGGAAGGGUUUCGUCGGAAAGAAUUCCGUGGCAAACUGGCCAUCGCCAUCACUGCAAAUUUUAUCAACCGAAAUACAACAGCAGAAGCUAAAGUGGAAGAGAUCAGCGGUGUGGCUUUUAUAUUCAACCAAAAAUUUUUCCAGGAACUGAGGGAAGCCACAGGUAUUGACUUGGAGAACAUCGUUUACUACAAAGAUGACACACACUAUUUCGUUAUGACAGCCAAAAAGCAGAGUUUGCUGGACAAAGGAGUGAUACUACAUGACUACGCCGACACAGAGCUCCUGCUUUCCCGAGAAAAUGUGGACCAGGAGGCUCUGCUCAGCUAUGCCAGGGAGGCGGCAGACUUCUCCACCCAACAGCAGCUGCCGUCUCUGGAUUUUGCCAUCAAUCACUAUGGGCAGCCCGACGUGGCCAUGUUUGACUUCACUUGUAUGUAUGCCUCCGAGAACGCCGCCUUGGUGCGGGAGCAGAACGGACACCAGUUACUAGUGGCUCUGGUCGGGGACAGCCUCCUAGAGCCUUUCUGGCCAAUGGGAACAGGAAUAGCCCGGGGCUUUCUAGCUGCUAUGGACUCUGCCUGGAUGGUCCGAAGUUGGUCUCUAGGAACAAGCCCUUUGGAAGUGCUGGCAGAGAGGGAAAGUAUUUAUAGGUUGCUGCCUCAGACCACCCCUGAGAAUGUGAGUAAGAACUUCAGCCAGUACAGUAUCGACCCAGUCACUCGGUAUCCCAAUAUCAACGUCAACUUCCUCCGGCCAAGCCAGGUGCGCCAUUUAUAUGAUACUGGCGAAACAAAAGAUAUUCACCUGGAAAUGGAGAGCCUGGUGAAUUCCCGAACCACCCCCAAAUUGACUCGCAAUGAGUCUGUAGCUCGUUCAAGCAAACUGCUGGGUUGGUGCCAGAGGCAGACAGAUGGCUAUGCAGGGGUAAACGUGACAGAUCUCACCAUGUCUUGGAAAAGUGGCUUGGCCCUUUGUGCAAUUAUCCAUAGAUACCGCCCGGACUUGAUAGAUUUUGAUUCUUUGGAUGAGCAAAAUGUGGAGAAGAAUAACCAACUGGCCUUUGACAUUGCUGAGAAGGAGUUGGGCAUUUCUCCCAUCAUGACAGGCAAAGAAAUGGCCUCCGUGGGGGAGCCCGAUAAGCUUUCCAUGGUGAUGUACCUGACUCAGUUCUACGAGAUGUUUAAGGACUCCCUCCCCUCUAGCGACACCUUGGACCUAAAUGCGGAGGAGAAAGCAGUCCUGAUAGCCAGCACCAGAUCCCCUAUCUCCUUCCUAAGCAAACUUGGCCAGACCAUCUCUCGGAAGCGUUCUCCCAAGGAUAAAAAGGAAAAGGACUUGGAUGGUGCUGGGAAGAGGAGAAAGACCAGUCAAUCAGAGGAGGAGGAAGCUCCCCGGGGCCAUAGAGGAGAAAGACCGACCCUGGUGAGCACUCUGACAGACAGGAGGAUGGACGUUGCCGUUGGGAACCAGAACAAAGUGAAGUACAUGGCAACCCAGCUGCUGGCCAAAUUUGAAGAGAACGCACCCGCACAGUCGGUCGGCACACGGAGACAGCUGACACAAGAGCGUGGGGCCAGCCAGCCGUCCAGCUGCCUGCCCGGGCAGGUUCGCCCUGCCCCCACCCCGCAGUGGAAACAGCAACGGGAAAAGGAGUGUUCUCGGACCUGCCCCAAAAAAGUGAUCACCCUGUCUCCUCCCCCUGCUCCACCUCCCUGUCGGGCGCAUGGCAGCCAGCAGACAUACAGGGAUCUUGAUGCUGACAACCGUGGCAAGCAGAGCCCCCACCAUGAGAGGCCAGAGCCCGAACCUCCUCGUCGAUUUUUUGUCGACCAGUGGGAGCUUUCUCUUAGUCUCCGCUCCUCUGCCCGCCCCGCCUCUCCCUCCUCCGACUCCCUCCGACAGAAGUAUAUAAAGAUGUACACGGGCGGAGUGAGCUCAUUGGCUGAGCAGAUAGCCAAUCAGCUUCAGAGGAAAGAACCACCCAAAGCCCUUCUAGACAAGAAGGAACUGGGCUCCAUGAAGAAGGAGUUCCCGCAGAACCUGGGAGGCAGCGACACGUGCUACUUCUGCCAGAAGCGGGUCUACGUGAUGGAGAGGCUGAGCGCCGAGGGCAAGUUCUUCCACCGGAGCUGCUUCAAGUGCGAGUACUGCGCCACCACCCUGCGCCUGUCGGCCUACGCCUACGACAUCGAGGAUGGUAAAUUCUACUGUAAGCCACACUACUGCUAUCGACUCUCUGGCUACGCACAAAGGAAGAGACCAGCGGUGGCUCCCCUGUCUGGAAAGGAGGCCAAAGGACCCCUGCAGGAUGGCCCCACCACAGACGCAAACGGACGGGCCAACGCCGUGGCCGGCUCGACUGAGAGAACCCCAGGUUCAGGCGUGAACGGCCUGGAGGAGCCCAGCAUCGCCAAGCGGCUGAGGGGCACCCCAGAGCGGAUCGAGCUGGAGAACUACCGCCUUUCCCUGAGGCAGGCCGAGGCGCUGCAGGAGGUGCCCGAGGAGACUCAGGCCGAGCACAACCUGAGCAGCGUGCUGGACACGGGCGCCGAGGAGGACGUCGCCAGCAGUAGUUCCGAGUCUGAGAUGGAGGAGGAGGAGGACGAGGAAGAGGAGGAGCCUCGCCUGCCCCCCUCUGACCUGGGUGGCGUUCCGUGGAAGGAGGCCGUGCGGAUCCAUGCGCUUCUGAAAGGGAAAAGUGAAGAGGAGCUAGAGGCCUCGAAGAGCUUUGAGCCUGGGAAUGAAGAGGAGGAGGAGGAGGAGGAAGAAUAUGAAGAGGAGGAGGAGGAGGACUAUGACGAGGAGGAGGAAGAGUCCAGUGAAGCCGGGAACCAGAGGCUCCAGCAGGUCAUGCAGGCGGCGGAUCCUCUGGAGAUCCAGGCUGACGUGCACUGGACUCAUAUCCGUGAGAGAGAGGAGGAAGAGAGGAUGGCGCCGGCCUCUGAGUCCUCUGCUUCCAGAGCUCCGUUGGAUGAGAAUGACCUAGAGGAAGAUGUGGACUCGGAACCAGCUGAGAUAGAAGGGGAGGCAGCAGAGGAUGGGGACCCAGGGGACACUGGUGCUGAGCUGGAUGAUGAUCAGCACUGGUCUGACAGCCCGUCGGAUGCUGACAGAGAGCUGCAUUUGCGGCACGCAGCUGAGGGGACAGCAGAGCCGGAGCUGAGGGUAUCAGAAGAUGAGGAGAAGCUGCCCGCCUCACCGAAGCACCAAGAGAGAGGUCCCUCCCAAGCCACCAGCCCCAUCCAGUCUGCCCAGGAAUCAGCUCUUCUGUUCACUCCAGUCCACAGCCCCUCAACAGAGGGGCCCCGACUCCCACCUGUCCCUGCCGCCACCCGGGAGACAUUACCUGAGGAGCGCCUUUUCCCUGAGCCUUUGCUCCCCAAAGAGAAGCCCAAAGCUGAUGCCCCCUCAGAUCCGAAAGCUGUGCACUCUCCCAUCCGAUCGCAGCCAGUAGCCUUGCCAGAAGCCAGGACUCCGGCCUCACCAGGGAGCCCGCAGCCCCGGCCGCCGGUGGCAGCCUCCACGCCCCCACCCAGCCCACUCCCCAUCUGCUCCCAGCCCCAGCCUUCCACCGAGGCCGCUGUCCCCUCCCCUACCCAGUCCCCCAUACGCUUCCAGCCUGUCCCAGCCAAAACAUCCACCCCACUGGCCCCUCUCCCUGUCCAAAGCCAAAGUGACACCAAGGACAGGCUGGGCAGCCCCCUUGCUGUGGACGAGGCCCUCAGAAGGAGUGACCUGGUGGAGGAGUUCUGGAUGAAGAGCGCGGAGAUCCGCCGCAGCCUUGGGCUCACCCCUGUGGACCGCAGCAAGGGGCCUGAGCCCAGCUUCCCCACGCCUGCCUUCAGGCCAGUGUCCCUCAAAUCCUAUUCUGUUGAAAAGUCCUCCCAGGAUGAGGGACUCCACCUUCUCAAGCCUCUGUCUGUCCCCAAAAGGCUGGGCCUGCCAAAGCCAGAGGGCGAGCCUUUGUCCCUGCCAACCCCCCGGUCCCCGUCGGACAGAGAGCUGCGGAGCGCCCAGGAGGAGCGCAGGGAGCUGUCCAGCAGCUCUGGCCUGGGCCUGCACGGGAGCUCCUCCAACAUGAAGACACUGGGCAGCCAGAGCUUCAACACCUCGGACUCCGCCAUGCUCACGCCACCCUCCAGCCCGCCCCCGCCCCCGCCGCCGGGUGAGGAGCCCGCCACCUUGCGGAGGAAGCUCAGGGAGGCCGAGCCCAGCGCCUCGGUGGUCCCGCCGCCCUUGCCCGUCACAUGGAUGCGGCCCCCCCGGGAGCCUGCUCAGCCCCCCAGAGAGGAGGUGCGGAAGUCUUUUGUGGAGAGCGUGGAGGAGAUCCCCUUCGCUGACGACGUGGAAGACACCUACGACGACAAGACUGAGGACUCAAGCCUGCAGGAGAAGUUCUUCACGCCCCCGUCCUGCUGGCCGCGCUCGGGGAAGCCUCCCCACCCGCCCCUGGGCAAGGAGAACGGGAGGCUGCCUGCUCGGGAGGGGGCGCUGCAGCCACAGAAGAGGGGGCUGCCCUUGGUCUCCGCGGAAGCCAAGGAGUUGGCCGAGGAGCGCAUGCGAGCCCGAGAGAAGUCCGUGAAGAGCCAGGCGCUGCGGGACGCCAUGGCCAGGCAACUGAGCAGGAUGCAGCAGAUGGAGCUGGCCACGGGCGCCCCCAGGCCCCGCAAGGCAUCCUCAGCACCCUCCCAGGGCAAGGAGCGCCGGCCCGACUCCCCCACACGUCCCACUCUCAGGGGCUCCGAGGAGCCCACCCUGAAGCAUGAAGCCAUCAGCGAGGAGGUCCUCUCAGCGCCCUCGGACUCGGGGGGCCCAGAUGGCUCUUUCACUUCAUCCGAGGGCUCCAGUGGGAAGAGCAAGAAGAGGUCAUCACUCUUCUCCCCCCGCAGAAACAAGAAGGAGAAGAAGUCCAAAGGCGAGGGCCGGGCCCCAGAGAAGCCCAGCCCCAACCUCCUGGAGGAAGCUGCCACCAAACCCAAGUCCCUGUGGAAGUCGGUCUUCUCUGGGUACAAGAAGGACAAGAAGAAGAAGGCCGACGACAAGUCCUGCCCCAGCACCCCCUCCAGCGGGGCCACGGUGGACUCUGGCAAGCACAGGGCGCUUCCCGUCGUAAGGGCAGGGGUUCUCAGGAGCCGUGCUGACCUAGAGAAGGGACUGAACCAUGGGUUCACAGGGCAUAGCCCGCUGCGUAACAGAGUUCUCAAAGCCAGCUUGAAACUGUAUCAGGAAGACUAUGGAGAGCUGCAGCUCAGGCGCCAGCUAAGCUUCUCCGAGGACUCAGACCUCUCCAGUGAUGAUGUCCUUGAGAGGUCCUCGCAGAAGUCACGGCGAGAGUCGAUUUAUGUACCACACGCCUUGGCAUUCAGGAGAUCACAUGCAUCAAAGCCAAGAACCUACACAGAGGAGGAACUGAAUGCCAAGCUGACCCGGCGCGUGCAAAAGGCAGCUCGGAGACAGGCCAAGCAGGAGGAGCUUAAGCGGCUGCAUCGAGCCCAGAUCAUCCAGCGGCAGCUGCAGCAGGUGGAGGAGAGGCAGCGGCGGCUGGAGGAAAGGGGCGUGGCUGUGGAGAAGGCGCUCCGGGGCGAAGCAGACUAUUGGGGAGAGUCUUAUUACAGUGACCUCAUCGACUUGCAUCUGGGUGGCAUGGGCAAGAAGGACGACCCCAAGCUGAUGCAGGAGUGGUUCAAGCUAGUGCAGGAGAAGAACGCCAUGGUGCGCUACGAGUCGGAGCUGAUGAUCUUUGCCCGGGAGCUGGAGCUGGAAGACCGGCAGAGCCGACUGCAGCAGGAGCUCCGGGAACGCAUGGCAGUGGAAGAUCACCUUAAGACUGAGGAGGAGCUGUCUGAAGAGAAGCAGAUUCUCAAUGAGAUGCUGGAGGUGGUGGAGCAGAGAGACUCACUGGUGGCGCUGCUGGAGGAGCAGCGGCUCCGGGAGAGAGAGGAGGACAAGGACCUGGAGGCUGCCAUGCUGUCCAAGGGCUUCAGCCUUAACUGGUCCUGAGCUCACACCCAACGCUCCAUUUUCUGUUGGCAUCCGCCUGGCCGGGUAGUGGCCUCCAAACCUCCUGGAGCCGCGAUCUGAGGAGGCCUGGCACCUCCUUGGAGUUUACGCUCAGAUGCCCGUGUGCUGCUUGGAAAGUGGUCGAGUCCCGCGUGCAGUGGGGAGCCCCAGGGGACAGUGGUUAUCUGAGAUGGCGCCACCUCCUGGGAGGAGGCCCACCUGGACCUGCCGCUCAGAGGAGGAGCACGGUGCGUAUGGUAUGACGCAGGGGACCACCCCGCACGCCCCCUGAGGAUGUGCCGGCUGUGCCCCUUUCUUCCACUGGCACAUUUGGUAAGAGAGGGAAGCUGCUCCCGUCAGAACCACAGUGCGCCGCCACAGCCUGCGAGGGGCACUGUCUUCUUCAUGCUCCCUGGAGCACCACCAAAGAGACGUACACAGUACCCCACGAAAGCAGGGUGCGAUUGAGACCCGGGAUGGGGAGGUGUCCAGUCAUGCCCACCCCAGCAUCACAGGAGACAUGGAGGUGUGGGCAGGCUCCGGAAUUGAUUAUGCAAAUUAGGAGGACGCAGGCGGGAUCCACUCUCCCGCCGAACACCACACACUGGACCCUAAGUGGCCAAAUGCCGGGGCCUCUCACUGGCUGCGGCCUGAGGCCUGUGGGUUGCUGCAUUUUGCUUGUAGUUCACCACCAUUUUGACACUGGAAAAUGCUGACUUUGGGGGACAGGAUGAGGCCCUACAUUCUGCGCCCCCAGUUGGCAGACAGGCAUUGUCCCUGUUCCACAUCGAUGUCGGGGCAGGAGGUGGCCUCUUCCUCGGUGUCUUUCCUGUGUUUGCACAUUGAAAUGAAGCUGACAACCUGGCAGGACGCUCAGCCGCUUCAAACCCUUUUUGUCAAUUAACUUAUUUUUUUAAUACUUGAAAAGAAGUAACUUGGUUUGUAUAUCUUUACUAGAGACACUGAUCACUUGAUGCCCGGGUGCGGGAGCCACAGCGGCGUCUGCUGCGUCCCACGCAGCCUGGUCCGGGGCUGCCCGGCGCUCGCCACGUGCAUCUAUUUAUUAGCCUUUCUCUUCGUAUCACUGGCCUGGCUGGCAUCAGGGAGCUGCCCAGGACCCCCGUUGGGUCCUGCUCACAGCUUUCUGUCCCCUCCUGCACCUGGUGCCUGCCUCACCCUGGUCUGGACCGCUCACGUGAUGAGGGGGCAUCUCCGUUCUGUUUUGGACCAAGCUAACAGCAGAGCUGCCACUCUCACCCUCCCGAUGAGAAUUCUGGCUCUGCAGAACUCACCCUUCUCUCAGUUUGGGUGCCAGGGCACCACCUUCCUCCACACGUGUGUUAACGAAGGUUUCAGGAUGGGCCCUCGUCCACACUGGCCAAGAGGGUGCAGGGUGGGACCCUGGAAUCGUGGCUGGUGAAGUCCCUCCUCCCAGCCUAAGAUUCACCCAGACGGAAACGCGAGAGCUGUAGUGGAUGCUGGGAUGCAGGCUGGCCUCUCUCGAGCAGAUAAGAGACUCCUGCCCUCCCUCCCUCCCAAGGGCGACGAGCACCUGCCUUGUGCCGGAUCUUCAUGGGGCCAUAAAGGGUGGCAAGCCCCGAAUCACUAGCUCCUAUAGCCAAACCGUUCCUUUCUCACGGUUCUGCACCAGCCUGGCUGUGUACAGUUCAUCAAGCCACUGAGCUAAUCGGGGGUAGGGUGCUUGUCCAUCAAAGCAGUUAGCACAUAGUCCAGCCAGGAGCCCCCCGGGCUAGACCCACCUGCCCCUAGGGGUGCUCCAGCCGCCUGCCGCCUCCCUGGGCUGGGGCCAGCUGGGAGCAGAGGCCUGGCGCCUCCAAGGCAUCCCAUAGCGGAGCAGGCCGAGGGGCUGUGCUGACCUUGGGCUUUCCAUGGGAACCACACUGUGCCUCAACUUGAACAUUCAUCCCAACUGCAAAGGAGCAAAGAACCUGUGUCAUUCCUGUCCGGAAGCUGCCAUCUCUCUCCCAUGCACAUCCAGGAAGUACGCUGCUAGUGGCCGCCAUAGCUCUGAUUCUCCUCCACCUGCUCUCACGUGAGACAAAGGUCUCCUUUUCUCUUUACUUAAAAAAGGGGAGAGGAGGGUUCCUAGAUUCCAUCUUCAAACCCCAGUCUUCCCAUAAAAUUGGAUGUGGGAAAAGACCUUCACUGCGGUGUGGCCUGUCCCAGACCUCUCCUAUCGAAGGCCACAAAACCAGUCCAGGCCCGGCAGAGCCGCCUUUGGCCCUUGUAGCUCCUGCUGGCCCCACAACGGGGAAGCAGUUUGCAAAGUGGCUCGGAAGGAGUGUGGCCUAGGAAUCUGCUACAAGUGGCCGGGUGUAGCAGGAGAGCCCAGCGUCCCCUCCUGGUCCCAGUCAGCCUUAACACUGUGGCAUCCUCCGCAGCACACACAGUGGCCUGCAGUCUGGAAAGCGGACCCGAGCCUUUGCAGAGAGGCACCAUGGAGCCGCAGGCCCGCACAGCAGCCCCAGCCUCCCACUCCUGACUGUGAGGACAUCGGUUCUAGGAGAGCACUUUCUUUAAAGCUCCCAUUUUGUAACCACUCGUUUGCAGUUGACUUGAGUACUCUGGUGACUUGCUGCGUGAAGCGAUCUCCAGGCAGGUUUUCUUCCCAAGAGUUAAGUCUUCCCUUGAAGGCAGGGAAGCAGGAUGGAUACACAUGUAUCAUACACAUAAAGUACCAGGCGCAGGAGCAGCCCAAACUCGAGGCUGACUAAACUGGAGGCUGCACUGUGGAGGUCUGCAUGCAGCCUCCCUGGAGGGCAGGGAGGGGGCGCCCCCGCCCCUGGGCUUGAGGGUGCCACUCCCCGUGGGCUUCCAGGCCUGCCCAGGUGAUGCCUUCAGGCCUUUGCCCCUGGCGGCCAUCCUCAGGCCAAUUUUGACCAGCAAUGAUAGACUCUUCUUAACCCUUUCAAAAAAAUUUUUUCAGUGGGACAGGAAGGAGAGUUAAAAAACAUUUUUUUAAAGGUGGUAACAUCUGACCCAUGAAGGGUAUGGGUCUGUUUUACGCUAAAUAAACGUUUUUCAAAGAAA